AUGGCAGUCCCUCUGAGAAGUCGGCGCUGGUGGUUGCAGCAAGGGGCUGUGGCAGCUUUGGUGAUUUGUUUGUUUCAGCUGCCCGGGCUCCGAUUUGCGCCAUGUUGGGUACCAGGCGGCUAUUUUGGCGACCACAGCCACCAACUCCUGCCUCGCAGAGGUCGUAUCUUUCGAGUGCUCCGGCGCGCGGAGGAAGACGCAGGGCGACGCGAUGUGCUGGCGGACUGGGGACAAAGUUUUCUGCAGACCGCAGGCACCGCGGUGGCGGCCUUCGCGGCCUUCUACACUGGAGCCAAGGUGGCCGUGAUCAAUCAGCCGCGGCGGCCGGAGCUGCAAGGUCCCUUCCGUGCCGUGGGCUCCCGCGUGGUGCGCCUGGCCGGGCUCCGCUGCCGGCUGCUGUACCCCGCGGCGUCAAGCGACGGCGGCGAGGCGCCGUAUCUGUCGGAGGGGCGGCAGACCUCAGACGCCAUGGCGCGGCUGGUCUUUUUCCCGGGCUUCUUGCUGGAGCACCUGGGAACGGCCACGUCCGGGUGCUGGGAGGACGCCCCUGCCUCGGCUGGAUCACACCCCAUCUUGGUGUAUUCCCAUGGCCAAGGAGGCAACAUGGAUAUGGGCACCUACUUUCUGAGGCAGAUUGCGAGUUACGGACUGAUUGUACUCAGCGUGGAGCACCAGGACGGUUCAGCCUCCACAGGGGACAGCUCCAACCCGCGGCCCUUCAGCCUGACGGGGAACCAGCUGGGCGUGCGCUACCGGGCGCUGGAACUGGUGCAAGUGACGCGGGCUUUGUUGGCCGAGGGCCUAGCAGAUGAACUGCAAGGUGACAAGAAGAACGUCCUGGUGGGAGGUCACAGCUACGGUGGCCCCACAGCCAUCCUAGCAGCGAACGCAGCGCCAGAGCUCUUCAGCGCUUUAGUCUUACACGAUCCGGCGGUCGGAUCAGAAAUGCCACCCUUGACGCAGCCAGUUUUCGCCAUCGUUGGCGACGAAUACGCUGGCAUCUCGAAUUUAGUGAAAGUGGUUCGCAAAGUGUCCGCGGCUUCCGGCGAGACGCGGCCGUGGGCGGGAGCUUGGCAUUUCCAGGGCAUCAGUCAUGGCAACUUCGUGGAUGCACCGCUAUGGUCCUUCCGGCCCGGGGGCGCAGCCGUGGGCGCUAUGGCGGCUCCAGUGCUGGCCUUGUUGGAAAAGGACCUCGAUGACUGGGGCAGCGCGGUGCUGGUGAAAGCCUCGAAGGAGUUGGGCCGCGGGGCAGGGCAGAACACGGUCUAUCUGGUGGUGAACCAGCAGAGUGGCGUGUAUAUCAUGAACGAGGCCUUGCAGGAAUGUGAAAUGUUUGACCAGAUCUAUGGCGUUGGAAUCAUUGAAGGCGACAUUCUUUGCGCUGAGAAGACUGCAGAGCACGCUGCCGAGGGUGCCCCGGUGUCAAGUAGCUUCACGCUGCAGCAACGGCACGUCUUUCGCGAUAAGAACGAAGCAGGCAUGCAAGGCGACAUCAUCGAAGACGGCGAGGAGCGCCUGGAGGUCGAGAUGGACUUCGAGGACAGCCUCCGCACACUGAGGAUCGCGGAUGGCUGGCUGGCAGCUGAGGACACCAAGUCAGGUGAGGCGUUGCGUUUCUUCCAGGUCGCCAGCUCCCUGUCCGGCACCUACUGCAACGACGACGCAACCGUUCGCUUCAGUUUGAGCAGCCUCGGGGAGUUCACGCUGGCGCAACAUCGGAUGGCCAUGCAGGGGAGAUCCACGAGAUCCACCGGAUUGGAGGAUGGUCUUCAGCUCCAGGGUGUGAUCACCAGCACAAUGAACCUGGAUGCCAUGCACCUGGAGAAAUCCGAAAAGGCCAUCACUGCCAAAUUUGAUCUUGCCUGCAGCACAGUGCUACUGAACGUUGCGGGAAUGCCAGAGCCACUGCAACUCCACCGGAUUCCGGAAGAUCGGGAUCCAAUGCAAUAUGUCCGAGAUGUCUUCGCACAUUUGAAUCUACAGGUUACGGUAUAUGAGUGAAGCUAUGUACAUC